UCUCUCUCUCUCUCUUUCUCUGAUCUCUGUUUCUUUCUCUCUCCUACAUUAUUCAUCUCUCUCUCUCUUCUGUUGUUUUAGUAGUUGAAGUUGUAGAGUUGUAGUUAGUUGUCAGGUGGGUCUUAUCUGUAACUUCCAUGGCUACGGAAGAGGUGAAUAAACCUCCAUCACUUCCUCAGUACUCAGAGAUGAUAUUUGCAGCGAUCGCAGCUUUGAACGACAAGAAUGGAUCGAACAAAUCUGAGAUUUCAAAGUAUAUAGAGUCCCAGUAUGGGGAUCUACCAGCUGGGCACCCAACUUUGUUAUCGCAUCACCUGAAUAGGAUGAAGGAGAGCGGUGAGCUCAUCUUGGUCAAGAACAACUACAUGCGGCCUGAUCCUAAUGCUCCUCCAAAGCGUGGCCGUGGUCGUCCGCCUAAGCCUAAGGCUCCUUUGCCCCCUGGACAUGUUCCUCCUCCGCCGAGGCCAAGAGGUCGUCCGCCUAAGCCUAAGGACCCAAACGAGGUUGCAGCGCCUAAGGUUUCUUCUGGGAAGCCUCGUGGAAGGCCACCUAAGAUGCCUAGACUAACUGGGGCUUCGACAACGACAGCAACUGGAUCUCCUAGACCUCGUGGAAGGCCACCUAAGGUGAAAGCCCAAUUUGCUUCGGUGGGUUUUAAUUAAGGCUUUGUUGAGUUGUAACAGUUCCGCUUCUUCUGAUCUUUUUCUUUUCCUUUCUUGGGUGUUUGUUUAGUUUCUGUGUGUCUGUAAUUGCAUGUAGCCAUGCACAUUGUGCAGCUUCUUUAAUUUGGCCCCUCCUGGGUGAAAAAAAAUGAGAGACUAAUGGUAAUCUUCUUAGAAUUUA